UGAGUUCACCGACAGAAACAAGCGUGCAGAGCUGCGCUCAGUCCUCCUGCUCGUGUGCUUGAAGACACGCACUCUGUGAAAGGAACUUUAACUUUUACCGUCCAGAGGAGAGUUACAAAGCGCCCGGGAUAUAAAUCUGUUCUGCAGCGUCUCUUUGAAGCAGCAGCAUGUCGGCCUCAGCGGCGAAGGUGAGCAGGAAGGAGAACUCCAACCACGACGGAGCAGACGAGACCUCCGAAAAAGAGCAACAGGAAGCAAUCGAACACAUCGAUGAAGUACAGAAUGAAAUCGACAGACUGAACGAACAGGCGAGUGAAGAAAUUUUAAAAGUAGAGCAGAAGUACAACAAAUUACGCCAGCCGUUCUUUCAGAAGAGAUCAGAACUCAUCGCCAAAAUCCCCAACUUCUGGGUCACAACAUUCGUCAACCAUCCACAAGUUUCAGCACUUCUGGGGGAGGAGGACGAAGAGGCGCUUCAUUACCUGUCGAGGGUGGAGGUCACUGAGUUCGAGGACAUCAAGUCUGGAUACAGAAUAGAUUUUUAUUUCGACGAGAACCCGUACUUUGAGAACAAAGCCCUCUCCAAAGAGUUCAACGUAAACGAGAGCGGAGACCCCGUUUCCAAAUCCUCUGAAAUCAAAUGGAAAGCUGGAAAGGACCUGACGAAGCGUACGGGUCAAACGCCGAACAAAGCAGGGAAGAAGCGGCAGCACGAGGAGCCUGAGAGCUUCUUCACCUGGUUCACCGAUCACUCGGAUGCCGGCGCAGACGAGCUCGGGGAAGUCAUCAAGGACGACAUCUGGCCCAACCCGCUGCAGUACUACCUGGUCCCUGACAUGGAGGACGAGGAAGGAGACGGUGAUGACGACGAUGAGGAAGAGGAGGGUCUGGAAGAUAUCGACGAGGGCGAAGAGGAGGAAGGUGAAGAUGAAGACGAGGACGGUGAUGGAGAGGAUGGAGAGGACGACGGCGAGGACGACUAGACGUCUCCACUGACUUCCUCGUCCUCCCUCUGUGAUCAUCCUUCAAACCUCGGGAGCAAAAUACUUUCUUUGUUUUUUUGGGGCGGGGUGGGAUUUGUAAAAAAAAAAAAAUGAUUCCUGUGUGUCGUCAGCAUGUCUGCCCCUCGUCGGGCCGCGGCCAGACGGGGGCGGCCCUCAAAGUCUCACUCGUCAUUGUUUCCCUACAUCUCCCAAAGACAUGCAAAAGAAUAAAAAAAAUUUGUAGCAUUCUGCACGUCAUACCUACGUAGAUUUAAAAUACGUACAAUAGCAAUUUCUAUGUAAAAUAUGGAUUCUGUUGAAGUUGUGAGUUCAAUAAAUAAGCCAUGGUGCAGUGAUAACUUAAUCAUAGCAUCCUUAGCCACUUUUAUAUAUAUAUAUAUACAUGUAUAUUAUAAUAUAUCCAGUGGUGGGGACGAAGGCUUAUUAUUAGAAGUUGCAUUUUCCUUUGUGACUUAUUGUACUAAUGGAACUGAUGAAAGCACCAGCUCGUUCCUUUCAACCAUUGUAAAUGUUUUUGGGGUUUUCAUGUUUCUUGGUGGGACAGGUGUGCACAGGUAACCGGGGCGGGGGCGGGGCGAGGGAGGAGAGGUGGGGCAGCGGGACUCUGACAACAACCCUGGACGUCUGUUUGAGGAUUUUUUGUUUUUCAGGCACCCACAACAAACGUUUGAAUUGUACAUUUUUUUAUAUAAACAACCUAAAACUUUGGAGCUUGGCUUAACAUUUUGAAGAUGGGAGAUGAAAAGGUUUCUGUGGAGUCCUCUCUGUGGAGUCUGCAGCUUUCUCCUGUUCUGCUGGAAACCUGUUCACAGUAAAUUAAGUGUACCAGUUGCUUUGUUACAAUAAAUAAAUGUAUACAUGAUG